AUGCCAGCGCUCCAAGUCUUCGGCCGCCGCAGCCGCGUCGUCAGCAGCGACGACCUCUACUGCCCCGCCCUGUUUCUGUGCUUCUACCAGCUCCUCCUCGUGCUCUUCUGCGUGCUGUACGUGGCCAUUUGGCGGACUUGCGGGACCACGGCUCUGGACGGGACGGGGCUAUCCCUCUACUAUCUGCUGGGCGCCACGCCGCUCCUCUUCUUCCGCGGAUGCACGUACCUCAUGAUCAUGCACGUGUCCAUGCGAGGGACGAUCGUGCACCACGAAGGUCGCGUGCUCAUGCCUCGGAUGCUGCACGUGCACGCGCUCUGGUCGCUGGUGCUCACGGCGUACGGGCUCGUGGGAUUCGCGGGCUGGGAUUUAUGCGACAUGUGUCGACCCGAUGCAACAGCUGUGGUGGCGGUGGCUGGGUUUUUGCUGGCUGAAGUGGGUUUUACGGUUUCGCUCGGUGUGUGCAUCUUGAGUGACGUGGGGCCAGGAGACGCGAGCGUUCGGAGCAAACCGCCGUCAGUGACUAGUGCAUUCGACUCUCAUGGUAACGCUCUUGACCCUGAACGUCAAUCGUUGUUGGAUGAAGUGGACCAAGCCGUGCGCACCUCGGACGUGUACGUGCCGCACAGUCAGAGACUCUGGAAACAACGAUGCACGCGAUGCUGCAUGUGUUUGCGGUGUUUUACGUGCAACUUGUUUGGUGGCGCUGGCACUCGCCAUGACAGCAUGUCCCUGGUGGCCAAGGUGUUCUCGAGGUUGUUUUACGGGAGCCCUGACCUUGUCAUAUCGGACAUUGUAGCAGGUUUCGUGCUCUUAGCAGCUGUCCAGGCGUACGAAGAUCGUCAGGAGGUUGUUGCAGCGUCGCUGAACGAAGAAGACGAAGAGGAGAUACUUGGUCAACUGCGGGCCAGGAUUCGAACUAGCGCGGACAAGAUGAAUUUACUUGGCGACCGAGCUGCAGGUGGUGGAAACUCUGCAGUACCGACGUCAGCGAGUAGCACGUCGACGCUAUCGACGACGUCCGCGGGUUCGGCGAUGAAUGGUAACAAUCCUGACCGAUUUGUUUGCAUCGACAUUCCUUCGUCUCUCGAGUCCCAGAAACAACCGCGCGAUGAGUCUGGGAAGCCGAUCAGGCCCUUGUACUACCAUCCGACAGAUCCUCACCUCAAUGACGGGGAGCUGACGGAUGCGUUGAAGGAGCUGGCGCACUUCUCGAAGUAUGCUAUUGGCAUCUAUGGCUGGAUGCUGUUCGUGUGGUCUCACCCAUGGAGUGGCACGUUUCGACUCGCGUUCUCAUUUCUUCGUCGCAACCUGGGAUGGGUGCAUGGUGACAACUGGUUCCACCUUAGCCAGACUGCACUACAGCUUGAAACAGGAGUGCCCAGCGACGACAUCGUGUACGCAAGUUUCCGGAAUUCGGUGUACCAGCCAGCCUUUGCAGUGAUGCUAGACCAUGCGCGUAAAGAGGUUGUCGUUGCUAUCCGUGGCACGUUAUCGUUGGAAGACUGUCUCACUGACGCCAUUGCAUACGGCAUGUCGACGAACGAUGUAUCGGACCGGUGGGGAUGCGAUGGUAUUGGUGAGUACGCCCACCAGGGUUUUCUCACGUGUGCCGAGUCGGUGUAUUUGGAACUCAACCGUCUCAGGGUCCUUGAAAUGCUCUUUGACGAGAAAUCCACCGCGGACAUUGCCACCAGCGAGGUCAACGUGUGCGACCGUGGUGCAUAUCGCGACUACGGCCUCGUGUUGACAGGCCACUCACUUGGAGCAGGCACGGCAGUUCUUCUGGCUGUUUUGCUUCGUUCCAAAUACCCGCAGCUUCGUUGCUUCGCGUAUAGUCCUCCGGGUUGCACCAUGUCUCCCGGGCUUGCAGCCCGUUGCGCUACUUUCACCGUCUCCGUCGUUGUGGGCGACGACAUCAUUGCUCGGUCGUCGAUCAUAUCAGCCGAGAUUUUGCGGGACAACGUUCUGGACUUGAUCGGGAGGAGCAAGGUGAGUAAAGCGACGAUCCUACGGCAAGUCAUCUCUUGGCGGAACCCGGAUGAGCUACUUCACGGAAGCUUGGAUGAUCACUCUGCUUUCGAUGACGAAGGAGCAGGUAGCGAUGCUGCCCGAGUGCGCUCGCCGUUCAUAGCGCAUUUGUCCAGUUAUCGCACGAUGUUGCAGCGCAUUCAGGAAUCCGAACCGAUUCAUGAAAUGACUAUUCCCGGACGUGUGGUGCAUCUGAAGCGUGUAGUGGACGCCAAAGAGGUUGCUGGUUGCUGGGUGUGCUGUCGCCCUGGAGGUGGCGGUAUAUGCUGCACUGCACGCACGCAUUAUCGGUUCGGCUGGGCUGUGGAAGGUCAGUUUAAGCAGAUCCGCAUUGGACGAACAAUGCUGGAUGAUCACUUCCCGGACAAAGUACAUUACGUGCUCCAAGACUGCGUGGAGCGCUUGUGCAAGAACCAGCUCGAAAACGAGAACGAGUGUCGGUAG